CAUAACGGAAAAAACAGCCUUAUCAGUUAUCACACAUCUAAUCCUGAGGUUGUCUUAGUCGUUUUUUGCAGCAUCGUAAAAAUAUCCCUCCUUUCUUAAGAUACAUCUGACUUUCAGAAUGAAAACUAAUCAUCAUUUAAAUGCCCAAGGAUUAAAUAAACCAGGGGAUUAAUAAUCUUUAUGUUCUCUAGGAUCUCUAGUCAUAAUUUAUGUUUUUCUUGUAAAACUCAUCAGCGAUGUGGGAGAUAUUUCCCAGGAUUACUUACGUCGCAGAAGUUUUUAGGAGUAAACUAAGGAUCUGUUGAUUUUGAAAAUACCCCUAAAACAAAAAUAAAUGAUACCACAGAUCUUAUAAAUCUAAGUUUUUGCUUAGAUUUUGGAUUUUGUAAGCAUGAGUUGUUUCUUAGGGUUAUCACCACACAACAAAAGUAAAGACAAUGAAGGCUCAUCCAUGACUGCUCAUUACGAACAACCGAACCCGCCGUGGAAUGAUCGGAGACAAAUAACAAUAUGUGAAUCGGUGCCAAUGAAAAAAAAAUCACCAAACAAUAUCAAGGCAAAGAGUUUCACAUUCCGUGAAUUAGCGACGGCCACGAACAACUUCAAGCAAGAGUUCUUGAUCGGAGAAGGAGGGUUUGGGAGAGUUUACAAAGGAAAGCUGGAGAAAACAAAACAGGUUGUGGCCGUGAAGCAACUUGAUCGAAAUGGAUUGCAAGGGAACAGAGAGUUUCUUGUAGAGAUCUUCGUGUUAAGCACUCUUCAUAAUCCAAAUCUUGUCAAUCUCAUCGGAUACUGCCUUGAUGGAGACCAGAGACUUCUUGUUUACGAGUUUAUGCCUCUUGGUUCCCUCGAUGAUCAUCUCUUUGAUGUUGCACCAGAGAAACAACCAUUGGAUUGGAACACUCGGAUAAGGAUCGCCUUCGGAGCUGCAAAAGGGCUUAAAUAUCUUCAUGAAAAGGCAAACCCUCCGGUGAUAUAUCGAGAUUUUAAAUCGUCCAAUAUAUUGCUUAAUGGAGAUUUCCAUGCAAAAUUAUCAGAUUUUGGUUUGGCAAAACUUGGUUCGGUUGGGGACACACAAAAUGUAUCUUCCCGAGUUACGGGAACCUACGGUUAUUGUGCUCCUGAAUAUCACAAAACCGGUCAUCUAACGGUUAAAGCGGAUGUAUAUAGUUUUGGAGUCGUUUUGUUGGAACUCAUAACCGGUAGACGAGUUGUGGACACAACAAGACCGUGUCAUGAACAAAAUCUGGUUACUUGGGCACAACCGAUUUUCAGAGAACUGAAUAGAUUUCCCGAGCUAGCGGAUCCACUUCUUCGAGGGGAUUUUCCGGAAAAAAGUCUAAACCAAGUCGUAGCGGUCGCAGCAAUGUGUCUGCAAGAAGAACCAAUAGUUCGACCAUUGAUCAGCGAUGUCGUCACCGCCUUAAGUUUUAUGAGCACCAAAACCGAUUCACCUUCCGGUUUGAACGGUGCCGUCCUUAAUUAUCAAUCUUCGUCUGGUCAGAUUCAAACUAUGGAGGACCUGCUUCAGUAUGAAUCAGCUCCAAGAUAUGUAACACGAUAAAGACUUAUCAAACGCCAAAAUUAUUUUUGGUUUUCACAUU